UAGACUGAUCGUUAAAAACGAAACGAAAAUAAAUAUGGCUUUGCUGGCGAAAGGACAAAUUUUGUUUUUGUUUUGUAUUCCACGUGCUAGAAUAAUAAAUACCAUAUUUAGAAAGUUAAAUGAUUAUUCUAGCCAUGAGAAAAGUAGACAUAUGCAGAAAUUAAUAUAUAAACAUAACGCAAAGAAAAAGAAGAAAUGGUAUCAACCUCACAUAGCAGAGCCAACAGAGCUGUUUGCAGCAGGCUACAAACCAGACAAGAAAGGAACAACAGAAGCACAGCGCACUCGUGCACGCCAGUUGGGCCACGUUCUGUAUGAGAAAAUAACAGCUCUUAUCAACACUGGUGAACUCUCAGAAGAACUUCUUGGCAAGCAAGUUCUGAUAACAUCUGUGAAGAUGCUUGACAACUUCAGCCAGGUGCAAGUACAUUGGGACUGUCAACGAAGUGACGCAAGUGAAAUUGAAGAGCUGUUACAGAGCCUUGCCGGAAAGUUAAGAAGUCAGCUGAUUUCUUACCAUGUGCUUGGCCGUAUCCCACCCAUCCAGUUUGUGAAAGACAAAAAAGUCAAUGAUCUCUCUCUUCUCGAUCAAAUGUUUGAGAUUGCUGACUACGGCCCUGAUUACAUCCCCUCAGAGGUCAAGGUCAAGCAUACAAUAGAAUGGACAGACAAGAAAGACGAUGGAUCUGAUCGGACUUUGCCCAGAUUUUCAAAUGACUCCCCGGAUGAUAACUUAAAACAAAAUUUGGUUCCAGAAGACCCAGAAUCCAAUUCCAAUGCGCUGUCCUCGACCUCUGUGUCUGACCAAAGUUCAGACGCAACACAGUGUGUUGAUACCUCAGCGCAGGAUUAUUUUAAAGCCCAUGGCCUAAACUUUCGCACAGAUCUGUAUGGGCUGCAAAGGGAAACACUUUUGAAAAAGGUGCUAGCACAGAGAAUAAAAGUUAAAUACCAGCCCCCAGACCCAUCAGUAGCUAAACUAGACAUAGUGGAUUUUAAACUGUUCAGUAAAGAUCAAGAAAAAAUAAAUAAUAAAAAGGGCAGUGGUAAAGGAAAACAAAGGAUGCUAGAAAGAGAUGUGGAAGAUUUUCAAAACAAAGAUGAAAAUAAUGAUAGUUUUACAUAUGAACAUGAAGAGACUUAUGAUGAUUAUGAUCAGCCCAGGAAUGAUAAAUGAUAGUCACUGAUUAUCUACGACUUGAACUGAGAUGCUGAUUUAGUUGUAAGACUACCCUGUACAGGUGUAAAAUGUCCAGAAUUGAUACCUGAUUAUAGCACUGAUGUAUGUAAAAUAAAAUAAAAUUUAUACUUUUCCCCUACAAUACUUGUAAAGACUGAAAUAUUUGGUUAUGAAUGUAAU